AUUCUGGAAAUUGAAAGGAAAAGUUGAUUACGACACUGUUGCACUGCGCUUUGACAAGGUCGCCGGAGCAAAGCAGAGUGUCGCCACGGACAAGGUCGCCGGAGCAGACACAUUCAUAGGAGCGAAAGCUAUAGGGAUCGCAGACCAAAACAGAGCACAGAAAGCAGAAAAUCCCAGACCAAAUCGUAGAAAAAAUCCAGUCGCGGAGCCAAAUCGCAGUUGCCGGAAAAACACAGAGAAGUCGCGCAACAGAAACGUAAAGUCUCGCAGAACAGAGUGAAGAAGAAAGGAAGAAGUCGCAGUGCGGAGUUUUUGGGAUUUUAGGUUCCAACUCCUUUAAUGAAGUCGGGUUGGGUCGCGGGUCGUCUUCUCUGUACAUCGGAAUCGUGCGUUUUCAACGUUUUUACGUCCCAGCAAGAACGAUCCCACCAUUUCAACGUUUUUACGUUGGUUUCUUCAACUUUCGAUUUGGUUUCUUCAGUUUCGAUGCAAUCACUCACCGUCCACUUCAUCGAGGUUCUCUGUCCGAGAAACUUUUCAGGUUAGCUACACCUUUCGCUCAUAAUCCCUCCACCUUUAAUCUUCUUCUUCCUCGUCAACCGCUCAGUGCAAAAGCGACUUUUAGUUUCCUUACAUUACUGAAGACCGAAGAAUCAGAAGAACUUGUAUCUCCUAUUGACUUUGAAGCUCUGUUGGUCAAAGCAGCAAAUACUUUCUUUUUGGUUGUAUUUUAUCUCCAUUGGACCUUGGCACUCUUUAAUUUGGUUAAAGCUCAAUGUUCUAUCUCAGCAGAAUCAAUCACAAAUUGCGCCUGCCUCCUUCUCGUCUUGCUCUUCCCAUUCAAGAAGCUAUACAUAUUGAGCUUGAGAAACUUUUCUUAGAUAAGGUCAUAGCAAACUUGGGCCUUUGCAUUUAUGUUUAUGAUAUUAUAUCCAUUGAGGGUGGAUUUGUCUUCCCGGGUGAUGGGGCUCCAACUUAUACGGUGGUGUUCAAUUUGGUUAUGUUUCGUCCAUUUGUGGGGGAGAUUAUUACGGCAAGGCUUCUUUCAUCUGAUGCUGAUGGCUUACGAUUAACCCUUGGAUUCUUUGAAGAUAUUUAUGUUCCUGCGCAUCAUCUGCCCAACCCAAACCACUUUGUGGCUGAGCCAGUAAAUAGCAAGAAAGGCAUAUGGUUUUGGGAUUUUAAUGGGCAAUCAUAUGCAAUUGAUGAUACUGAUGUGAUCAAAUUCCGAGUUCAAAAUGUGAGUUACCCACCAAUUCCAGUUGAACAACCAAAAGAAUCAAAGCCAUUUGCUCCUAUGUUGAUUACUGGAUCGUUAGAUCAUGAUGGUCUGGGCCCUGUUUCUUGGUGGUUUGCCGAAGAGGUUGAGGAGGACGAGCAAAGGAUUCAAAAGAUGGUGAAAUUUUUGUCAAGUGACAAUUUCUAGUGUAUAUAAAUUAGCGUGAUAUCCACUGAAAUUUGGAUUCAUUUCAACGAUAUAAGUUAUAGCUUUCUUGUUGAAAUAUGGUUUAGUAUAAAUUUUAAUGAGUUUUCAAACACAUAUUUCAUUCGUAGAUUACGUUCAGCCUUGGGCUUAGAAGAAAUUGUUCUUGGUACGAUAUGAGAAAUUAGUGGUUUGGUUGCGACUCAACAUCAUUGAAUAUGCCCUUGUUUCAAUUCCU